AUGAAUUUUCGUUUUUUAAUUCUUCUAAUAACAAUAACUUUUGCUUAUGAUAAAGUUAAAGCUGAAUAAUAAAUUGAGAAAAGUAUCACCUUAGAAGAUGAGAAGUUAAUUUAAGAUAUUACAUUUUCAGAACCAUUUUUAGAGACACCUGUUAUUUACAUAACUUUAACAAAAAUAUCAAUGGCAAGUUAGAAAUAUGGUUUUGAAAUUGAUGUUACAGAAGUGAAUACUAAAGGAUUCAAAUUAAUUUAUAAGAAAUACAUUAAUGAUCCAAUAACAUUACAAGUUUAAUGGUUAGCAAUUUUUGAUCCUAGAGUUGAAGUAGCUUAUUAUACAUCUUUCAAAUAAUAAUUGAUUGUUCCAGUCUAUGAAGAUAAUUUUGCAUAUUCAAUUAUAGGGGUUUAAGGAAGUUCUAGUUAAGUUGGAAUUUAAGUUUAAAAAAUUGUUAAUGGAAAUGCUUAUUUGUAAAUUACAAAUUCUGUCAAGAUGAUAAAAUUAUGUAUUAUAUCAGGUUCAAAGCAUGCUUUGUAUCCUAAGUUUAUUCCAUUUUCUGUAUAAAAUAAUCAUCCAUGGGUUAAAGAAUAGAAAGGAAAAGCAUUUAUUAGUUUUUCAUAUGAUCUUAAUGUCGAUAAACCAAUCUUGAUUGGUGGUAUAACUGAAUUUCUAUUCAAGAGUUAAUCAAUUAAGAUACAAUUAUAAAACAUAAAAUAUGAUGAUAAAGUAUUAGCAGAGAUUGGAACUUGUAAUUUAAUUAACUGAUAUCUAGGGAACGAUGCAUAAUUAGUGUAAGCCUAAGUUUCGAUUUUGGCUUAUAUCAUAGAUGAAGAUUUGAUAAUAUCAGAUAAGAAUUGUGUUGAGUUGUUUGAAUAGUGUUACUUUUAGGGUAAAACAAUUAAAAUUUGUAAAGAAGGGGAUGCAUAAAAUCUGGGAACAGAAUUUAAAUUUAAAAGCUUUAUUGUUCCUAGAUAUAAAUAAUUUGAACUUAUAAACAAUAAAGAUGUUCAAUAAUUAAUGGGAAUAGAAUCAUGUGUUGAUGAAAUUAUAUUAAAAUGA